ACCAGCACUGCCUGCGAUAUAAUGCAGUCAAUAACUAUCUGCUAAAGGACGAUUAAUAAACACAUCUUUAUCUACAAGAAAGCAUAUGCUAUAGCCCCUUCUGUAUGUGGGUUCCACACUGCCAAGUCUACCACCCAUGAAUUGAACUUAUAUGAAAACAGCACUGUGUCUAUACUGAACAUACAGGGGCCUUUUCGGGCCAUUAUUCCUUAAAUUUGUUGUAACUGAAAAGGAACUAUUUGUACAGUGUUUGUGUUCCACUUAGGGACAUAAAUAAGGUGGAUGUGAUCUUAACAUUUUAAAGAUUUUCAGAUUACAUGCCAAUUCCACCCCAUUUUAUAUCAAGUACAUGAAUCACUGGGGAGAAAUACAUGGAUGACAACCAGUCCCUAACUGCACAGAACCUUUGUUAGUGGUGUGUGUGUGUGUGUGUGUGUGUGUGUGUCUCCCUUUGCUCUAUUUUCCUUUUAAAUUAGAAGUUCCAAAAUAGGCAGAAAAGAGAAAGAGAAAAGGAGGAAAGUGUAGGCCUUGGAAAACUAUAAAAAACAUGCUCAGUUGAAGAACAAAAAAAGCUUUCAGUUUUUGGAAGUUGGAGUAAAGUUGUUUCCCUCUAUCCUGAAUGCUCAGUAACCUAAAGUUAAGGCCAACAUUGACAUGCCUGAGUCCCAUGCAUUUACACAAGGCAGAUACAGUUGCCUCCAUGCCAAGAACGCAGCCUUGUAGGUUGGAAAGAAAAGACAGAGACACCUGAACCCUUGCAACAUGUCACUCGGGGGGUCCAAUGGGGCAGAUACAAGAACUGAACAUUUAAACCAUGCCUUAUUCAGAGAGCUGACAAUCUAGAGGACAAAGGAUGGGCAUCCUCAACUAUCUUCCACCUCAUCUGUAACCAUCAGAUCAUAUAGGGAUGGGGAACAGAGGCAGUGGAUCACAAAAAUUCAUUCUUGCCCUCUGGCCAGGGGAUCAACUCUUCUCUCAGACUCUACUUUUCUCUCACUGCCUUUGCUCUGUGCAGCAGGGGAAGGGCUUGUAUCCACCAAAGUCACUGAGUCCUGCCUUCCCCAAGUCAAUGUGGGUGAUUAGAUUCAAGGCUAACUCAGAGGCAACAAGGCAUGAACAGUGUGUCCCUGAUAAGCUGCAGUGUGGGUGAGCAGAUCCUCCCAUGAAUGAAAUGCAGACGUCUCUUGUAAUAGAGAACAUAAUGUGUAUUUCCAAAUCCCACACAAAGCAACAACUGGAAAUUUAGUCUUUGUUUAUAGGUAUAAAGACUAUAAGGCCGGGCGGUGGUGGCGCACGCCUUUAAUCCCAGCACUCGGGAGGCAGAGCCAGGCAGAUCUCUGUGAGUUCGAGGCCAGCCUGGGCUACCAAGUGAGUCCCAGGAAAGGCGCAAAGCUACACAGAGAAACCCUGUCUCGAAAAACCAAAAAAAAAAAAAAAAAAAAAAAAAAAAGACUAUAAGACUAUUAGGAAAACCAACACGGGAAUCUGAAAAGACACAGUGAGCAGACAGAACCACAGACGGAGCAGUUAUCACAUAUCCAGACUAUAAGGAAAACCAACACAGGAAUCUGAAAAGACACAGUGAGCAGACAGAACCACAGACGGAGCAGUUAUCACAUAUCCAGCGACCAAAGACAGCUUAUAAAAAUGUCCUCACUAGCAUGCUCAGACUUGAUAUCUGAGAGUACUGUAUACCAAGUUAGAAGAAAGAAAUAUGUAACCUUAGAACUUUUUCUAAAGAUCACCAUGUAGAAAAUAUAUUACAAAAUCAAGGCAUGGGCUACAAUGUAGAAAAUUUAUUACAAAAUCAAGGCAUGGGCUACAAUGUAGAAAAUACAUUUAAAAACUCAGGGCAAGGACCAUUACAAGGCACACCCUGAUCUACAUGUAUUCUGGGGUAGCUGCAGGUGGACAAGCCCUGAGACACUGAGGGUUCACUCAAUUCUAAGAAUUUAGGAUGAAUGGAAACAAUGAAAAGGAAAUGGAAAUCCACCAGAGCUGCUAGUGAUUUGCACUCAGGAGGCAUGUGGUGUGUUUCAACAAGCCUGGUUCUGAUGUGCCAGAACUGAAGCCAAAAGUGGUGUAUUUUAAAAAUGGCAAGAAGGAGUCACACCAUACAACAGGGCCCAAAUGGGACAUUUAUUCAGGGGAGGGGAGAGAAGGAGGCAGAGAAGGAGGCAGAGACUGGUCCCUGGGGACGAGGGCAAAAGAAGAGAAAGAGAUAGACAUUAGGUAGGCAAGGCCCGCCUUUUAGUGCCUGAAGCUGAGGAUAUAUUCUGUCAGGACCCUAAGGGCAGGCCAGUACAGAUGCCUAAAUGCUAACAAAAAGUGGUAGGUACCAGGAGACCCAAGAUAGAAACAGAGGGUUCCAGGAUUAAACAAGACAAAAUUUACUGGGAACUUAACAGACAGAAAUGUGUCUUGAGCAGUAACUUGACAGGGAGACUUUCGCAUCCAAUCACAGGAUAAAGGUUCAUAGCUUACAUUUGGUAAAGGUGGGCCAUGAGAACUGGAAUGUACCUAGUCUUCUCUAACUCAUUGUCAGUUAAAAACAAUCUGGGUUGCUCUGAUGCAGACCCCAGCAGCCAGCCAGCAAGUGAGAGACCUGUGGGCAGGUGGCACCACCAUCAUUGUUACCCAAUGGACUGGGUUCCCAUAAGACACACUCUGCCAUCCACCCACCCCCACCUACCCUAGCAUCCUCCCCACAUGCACUCCUCUCCUCCAACAUCAGCAAACCCUCUAGACACAAGAGCCGCCCACACCAGCUGGAAGAACAGGUGAGUGAAUGGUCUCCCAGCUAAACUGCCCCAGUCUCUAGGCCCUAAGCCCCAGGGUAUAUCCUGUGCCCCUCCCCAUCCCACCUCAGCCCUAGCAAAGCAGCUGGGACGAGCCCCCAGCUCUGGUGGAAUCCCACUGCUCUGGUGCAGACCCAGCAGCAGGCCAGCAGGUGAGAUCCUGCAGGCAGGCUGCACCACACCACUGCCACCCACUGGACUCUGUUCCCACAAGAACCACUCUGCUGCACAACCACACUUACCCCAGCAUCCUCCCUGAGCACAGCACUCUAUGGCAACAUCAGCAACUUACAGGCACAAAUGCCACCCAUACCAACUGGAAGUACAGCAGCCCCUAUAGGCACAAGCACCACCUAUACCAGUUGGAAGAGGAGAUGGUAAGCACCAGUCUAAGAAUAUAUACAGCAACAUAAAGGGCAAUAUGCCACCACCAGAACCCAGUGGUCCUACAACAGCAAGACCUGAACAUCUCAACGCAGAUGAAGCAGAAAAAAAAAAUGACCUUAAAAAUAACUUGAUGAGAUGAUAGAGGCCCUUACAGAUGAAAUGAAAAAUUCCCAUAAAGAAAUUGAGGAAAAGAAAAAACAAAAAAUUGGAAGAAAUCAAUAAAUCCCUUAGAGAAAACAAUCAAACAGGUGGGCUGGAGAGAUGACUCAGAGGUUAAGAGCAAUGACUGCCCUUCUAGAGGUCCUGAGUUCAAUUCCCAGCAACCACAUGGUGGUUCACAACCAUCUGUAAUGAGAUUUGGUGCCCUCUUCUGCCAUGCAUGCAGAGCACUGUAUACAUAAUAAAUAAAUCUUUUAAAAAAAAUCAAACAGGUAAAGGAAACAGUUCAAGACUUGAAAAUUGAAAUAGAGGUUAUAAAGAAAACAAAAAAUGAGAGAAUUCUGGAAAUGGAAAAUCUGGGGAAGCACACAGGAACUACAGGUGCAAGCAUCUCUAGCCGAAUAGAAGAAAUGGAAGGGAGAAUCUCUGAUACAAUAGAGGAAAUAGAUUUAUCGACCAAAGAAAAGGUUAAAUCCAAAAAAUUCUUAACACAAAAUAUCCAGGAAAUCUGGGACGCCAUGAAAAGACCAAACCUAAGAAUAAUAGGGAUAGAAGAAGGAGAAGAAUUCCAACUCAAAUGCACAGAAACUAUAUCCAACAAAAUCAUAGACAAAACCUUUCCCAACCUAAAGAAAGAUAUGCCUAUGAAGAUACAAGAAGCUUACAGAACACCAAAUAGACUUAAUAAGAAAAAAAAUUCCCCUUGCCACAUAAUAAUGAAAACACUAAACAUACAGAAUAAAGAAAGAAUAUUAAGAGAUGCAAAGGAAAAAGGCCAAGUAACAUAUAAAGGCAGACCUAUCAGGAUUACACCAAAUUUUUCAAUGGAGACUCUAAAAGCCAAGAGGUCCUAGACAGAUGUUUUGCAGACACUUAGCCUUCAAGGAAAUGCAAAUCAAAAUGACUCUGAGGUACCAUCUUACACCUGUCAGAACGGCUAAAUUCAAAAACACUGAUGACAGCGCAUGUUGGAGAGGAUGUGGAGUAAGGGGAACACUCCUCCAAUGCUGGUGGGAGUGCAAACUGGUACAGCCACUUUGAAAAUCAAUAUGGUAAUUUCUCAGAAAAUUGGGAAUCAAUCUACCUCAAGAUGCAGCUAUACCAAUAUACCCAAAGGAUGCUCAAUCAUACCACAAGGACACUUGCUCAACUAGAUAUACAGCAGCAUUAUUCAUAAUAGUCAGAACCUAGAAACAACCUAGAUGUCCCUCAAGUGAAGAAUGGAUGAGGAAAAUGUGGUACAUUAACACAAUGGAGUACUACUCAGCUGUGAAAAAAAAAACAAUGACAUCAUGAAAUUUGCAGGCAAAUGGAUGGAAUGAGAAAAAAUCUGAGUGAGGUAAACCAGACUGAGAAAGACAAACAUGGUAUAUACUCACUCAUAAGUGGAUAUUAGGAGUCAAGUACAGGGUAAACAACCUACAAUCCACAGCCCCAGGCUAGAGAACAAAGAGGGACCAAAGAGGCAUGCAUGGAUUUCCCAGGAAGGGGAAAUAGAAGAGAUCUCCUGGGUACACUAAGGGCAGGGUUGGGGGGUAAAGGAUGGGAACUUGAGGGAGCAGGUUGGACAGGCUGGGUGUAGGAGGAAGUUUGGGGGCCGGAUGGAGGGCUAGGGAGAAACCUCGUGUCACAGAAACUCCCAGAAAUCUACAAGGAUGACCCUAGCUAAGACCCCUAGCAAGAGUGGAGAGGGUGCCUAAACUGACCAUCUACUGUAAUCAGAUUAGUGACUACCCUAAUUGUCAUCACAGAGCCUUUAUCUAGUAACUGAUGGAAGCAGAUGCAGAGAUCCACAGCCAAGCACUGGGCUGAGCUCUGAGAGUCCUCCUGAAGAAAGGGAGGAGGGAUUGUACGAGAGGGGUGGGGUGGGGUGUGUGUGUGAGUCAAGGUCAAGGAACCUACAGAGACAGCUGAUCUGAGCACAGGGGAGGACAUGGACUCUGGACCAACAGUUAGGGAGCCUGCAUGGGACUGUCCUAGGCCCUCUACAUGUGUGUGACAGUUGUGUAGCUUGGUCUGUUUGUAAGGCUGCUAGCAGUGAGAUCAGGACCUGUCCCUUGUGCUUAGCUGGCUUUGGGGAACCUGUUCCCCAUGCUGGAUUACCUUGCCCAAUCUUUAUAGAGGGGGAGGAGCUCAGUCCUACCUCAAAUUGAUGUGUCAUGCUACGUUCAAGCCCAUGGGAAACCUGCACCUUUCUAAAGGGGGACAGAGGAGGAGUGGGUGGAUGGGGAGGGGGGCAUAUGGGAGUCAGGAGGGGGGAGGAAUAGGAGGAUAGUAGGGAGGGGAAAUUGUGGUUGGUAUGUAAAAUAAAGAAAAAAAAGAUAAUUAAAAAAAUCUUAGUCGGGCUGUGGUGGCGCAUGCCUUUAAUCCCAGCACUCGGGAGGCAGAGGCAGGUGGAUCUCUAUGAGUUCGAGGCCAGCCUGGUCUCCAAAGUGAGUUCCACAAAAGGCAUAAACCUACACAGAGAAACCCUGUCUCAAAAAACCAAAAAACAAACAACAAAAAAAAUCUGAGCACCAGCAGAUGGUACAAGCUUAGCUCACUGUCUCAAUGACUUUGUUCAUCCUAAGUGCUUGGGUUAUGUGAUAUAAUAACCUAUACAAGGUAGCAGGUAUAACCAAGGGUACCGAUAAUAACAUCAGGCUGCAUCCCCACAAUGUUACAAAGGAGGACUCUGAUAUGUACAGAAAAUUUUAGAUUAAAGCCUUUACAAUGAAAUGAAAACUUAAAAAAAAAAUUCCCAGUUGAAGCCAAACAAUGGUAGCACAUGCCCUUAAUCCUAGGACUUGGGAUUCAGAUCUCUGAGUUGGAGACUAGCCUGGUCUAACAGAGUGAGUUACACAAAGAAACUCUGUCUCGAAUAACCAGAAGAAAGAAAAAAGAAAGAAAGAAAGGAGGGAGGGAGGGAGGGAGGAGGGAGGGAGGAGGGAAAAGGAAGGGAGGAAGAAAGGAAAGAAAAAUCUUUGAGCUCUUUAGGCCCCGGGGAGUGUGCCCAGAAAUGGAGUUGUGGAAUCCUAAUGUCUUUUUUCUAACUUGUGAUGUGUACACAGGUGCACCUCAUUUUACCAUCUACUCUGCCCACUAAAGGCCUCAACAAUGGAGCCCCAAGAUCGUGGACUGGAAUACAGAAACUUUAAAAAUUUCUCAUCGUAAAUUAAGAUUCUGGGAUAUCUCGUUGUAGUAAAGCAAACCUAACUAAACAAUUAUCUUUUGGAAAGAGAGGAAAAAAAAAAAAAAAACAAAAAAAACCUCUGGGGCAGAAGAGUGGCCCCUAGGGUCUGGGAGUGAGAGAUCUGUUUCUGGAUUGUGUCCUGCUAAGGAUACGCCCACGUGAUUGUGUGUAUAAAUUCUCUUUACACAGUCAAUCCAUUCUUUUUGUAUCUGACUUUGCUAUAUUUCAAAGUGUCUGUCAAAUCUUGUGUGGUGGAAACUUAGUAACCACUGCGCCAGUAUGGUUGAGUAGAAACUUAAAGAGGACUCUAUGCUGGUAAAUGGAGUGAGUUACAGGAGUGGGCAUCUCUAGUUUUCCCUUUGAAGGAUGGGUUUGGCCUUUUUCUUGCAGGCUUUGUCUAUGGGUUUGUUGAAAACAGGAUCUCUCUAUGUAUGCCAGUCUGGCUUGGAAUUGCAAUGAUCCUCCUGUUUUUUGAGUGCUGUUUGCCUUUAGCUACUGGAUGACAUGUGACCAAGUAUUGGCCUCCCUCCAACUUGGUCUUCCCAGGCCUCAAAAACUGUAAGACAUAAAUCUCUUUUCUUUAUAAAUUACCCAACCUUAUGUAUUUCUCUAGAGAAGCAAAAACAGUCUAAAAUUAUGAGUGACACGGUAUUUAAAAAUUGUUUAACAAAAAAAAAAAAAAAACAAACCUAGUACUGAAUCCACUCAAAGGCCGGACUUUGCCUCGAUUUUAUUUACCUAGUGUCUACUGAUCCUCAACACCACGUGCUCAGAAUCCUCUGCCCUGGCUCAGCCCCACUGCUACUUUGACCUCUCCUGUCACCCGGGAGACAUCAGCCCGAUUUCAGUCCCUUCCGUAUUCGGGACGAGACCCGCCAGGUCGGCUCCACAGCAGGCCAGGCUCCUCUCGGGACCCGCGUGCCCUUCCCGGUGACCUGCAGCCUCUGAGCUCCCAGCUCCCCAUGGCGGCGGCGGCGGCGACGCUGAGCCUGGAGCCCGCGGGCCGCAGCUGCUGGGACGAGCCGCUGAGCAUCGCCGCGCGCGGCCUGGCCCCCGAGCAGCCCGUCACGCUGCGCGCCGCCCUGCGCGACGAGAAAGGCGCGCUCUUCCGCGCCCACGCGCGCUACCGCGCCGACGCCCGCGGCCGGCUGGACCUGGCGCGCGCGCCCGCGCUGGGCGGCAGCUUCGCGGGGCUCGAGCCCAUGGGGCUGCUCUGGGCCCUGGAGCCCGAACGGCCUUUCUGGCGCCUGGUCAAGCGCGACGUGCGGACGCCCUUCGUGGUGGAGCUGGAGGUGCUGGACGGCCACGAGCCCGACGGCGGCGGGCGGCUGCUGGCGCGGGCGGUGCACGAGCGUCACUUCAUGGCUCCCGGGGUGCGGCGCGUGCCCGUGCGCGAGGGCCGUGUGCGCGCCACGCUCUUCCUGCCCCCAGGCAAGGGGAGAUUCCCUGGGGUCAUCGACUUGUUUGGAAGUGGCGGUGGCCUGUGUGAAUACAGGGCCAGCCUCCUGUCUGGGCACGGUUUUGCUGUACUCGCUCUGGCUUACUUCAGAUUCGAAGACCUCCCUGAGUAUUUGAGUGAUGUGCGCCUGGAGUACUUUGAAGAAGCCUUGGCCUUUAUGCUGCAGCAUCCAAAGGUGAAAGGCCCGAAUGUUGGGCUUCUUGGUUUCUCCAAAGGUGGUGACCUGUGCCUCUCGAUGGCUGCUUUCCUAAGGAACAUCACGGCCACUGUCCUUAUCAACGGCUGUGUGGCCAACACAAUAGCUCCCCUGUAUUACAAAGAUCUGUUUGUUCCUGAUCUUGGCUGUGACCCAACAAAACAAAAGACCAUGGAGUCGGGCCUUUUGGAUUUGGUGGAUAUUUGGAACAAUCCACUAGAGGAACCUAACCGUCAAAGUCUUAUUCCACUGGAAAAGGCCCAGGGACCCUUCCUGUUCAUUGUGGGCAUGGAUGAUCAUAACUGGAAGAGUGAAUUCUAUGCCCACAUAGCCUGUGGACGUCUACAAGCCCACGGAAAGGACAGGCCCCAGAUAAUCUACUAUCCAGAAACUGGUCACUGUAUUGACCCACCUUAUUUCCCUCCUUCCAGAGCUUCUGUGCAUGCGGUGUUGGGUGAAGCGGUAUUCUAUGGAGGUGAGCCGAGGGCUCACUCAAGGGCGCAGGUGGAUGCCUGGCAACAAAUUCAAACUUUCUUCCAAAAAUAUCUCAAUGGUGAAAAACCUGUGGAGCGCAGCAAAAUAUAACACUGCAAUUAUAUAACAAAUACCAUUUUUGAAAGCUCUAGUCCUGUAAGUUCCUUUGGUCUUCCAGAGUACUAAGGAGGCUUUUUUUUUUUUUUUUGGUAGUCUCACAUAUAUCCCCCACUGAGCCUCACAUUCACUGUGUAGACAAGGAUGACCUUGAACUUCUGACCCUCCUGUUUCCACCUCUUCAGUACUGAUAUUAUAGUCAGACACUAUCAUGCCUAGUUUUAGACAUUGUCAGGGACACAGCCCAGGGCUUUGUGUAUGGUAGGCGAGCAUGCAGCCGACAGAGCUAUAGCCCCAGUCCCCUGGAAAGCUCUCCUAGGAAGCUGAGCCUCCUUGUAGGGUUCUACUGGACCCUGAGCCUUUGAAACAACUCACCUUCCUUCACUGCUGGGUCUACUCUCGCCUCUGACCUUUAACUAAUGGAUCUGUUAACUCUGUGUCUGGAAGGCCAACCUUAACCUUAGGUAAAAGACUGUAGGAAGUGUUUGUCCAACUCCCCGUCACUGGACUAUCUGUGGCUCUGCUUCUGAGGACUGAUCUGGAUUGCUCUGAAGUCUCACAUCCCCUUUGGGCCCUAACGGAUUUUAUCCGAGCCUUCAGAACCUGUCUGCUGAAGUCACACAAUACAUGGAUUCCGCCUUGUUCUUGUCAGUUUUUAACAUGCCUGAAUUUUACUCAAGACUUCACCCUGACCCCUAGGUAUCCAUCAAUAUACUUCUUUUAUGUUUACCAUCUUGUCUGGAUUACCAACCACUGUGUGGUAUUUUCCUGCCUGGAAAAAAAAAAUGUCUUGAUGCCAAGAUUUUCAGGACUAUGAAAUAUGAGCCAGAGCCUAUGACUUUGGGCACAAAGUUAUGCCCACUGAGUCACACUUUCUCCCAAUACCAUCUGCUCUGAUUACAACUGAGAAGACUAGUUGUUUCACCCUACUAGAGUUGAAGCAUUAUCUGGAGUCCUGAGAUUCCAGAGCACAGGGUCUUCCCUGAGAGAAGGAGCCUCUUAUUAGGGAGCCUCUAUGGGCCACAUAAGUGUAAAGCUUAGAAAUCAGUUCUCCCAAACUAUUAGUCAUAAUAAAACCAUCAAGUGAUAUAAAAGUAGUAUCUUCAAAAAUGCCUCCAUAGUAGCAAGUAGAUCUACAUCUCAGGCUAACCAUGUGACCUGUCUUCGGGGACAUCAGAAGAGAGAAUCAGAUCCCAUGUGGUUGCUGGGAGUUGAACUCAGGACCUGAGCCAUCUGUCCAGCCCCAGUAAACCAAGUUUUGAAAUGUCAUGGCUUUCAAGUCAGAGGACUUCCUCUGUUUCUGUUAUCUUGCCCUACUAUGUGAUAGUUCAAUUUGGUGUCUCAUUAAAGGUUUCAAUUUGAA